AUGGCAUCUCCCCUCAUGGCGCAGCUGGACGCAGGUGGCUUUGCCCAAGCCCCCCGCAACGGGACCGGUCCAUUACCACAUGGAUCUCCGGAGCAGAAAAAGGCAGCCAGGCCCGCAGAAAGCCCCGCCUCAGGCAUAUCCGCGCAGGAUCUGCCGACUGACAGCCCUGUGCGGCCUUGCCCAGGAGCUGGAGGCGAUGCUUACAGACACGCAGACGGACGGGCACCCCAUGAACUGAUGGACGUUGAGGCGGAAGUCCUUGCAAAACGAGUUGCAGCAGGCGAUGCCUCCGAGGACUCCCUGGAUGAGGCCGCACACCUAUUGCUCUCGUCACUGCCGGCGACCCUGGAUCCGCAUGGCUUCGCCAUCCCCCCGCCACUGGCUUGGGAGGCAGAGAGGUGCGAGGCUAGCCGCAGAGGAAGAGGCAGCGGAGGAGGAAGCGGGGACUCAGGGGGGAGGGGUGUGCCGCUGCGCCUCGUGGCGCAGCACCCGGAUGUCGCGUGGGAGGUGGACGGGCAACUCCAGCUCCUGAUUGGUGCGGCCAAGCGGACGGGGGAUCCCAGUGACGUUUGGUAA